AAAGUGUAGGAAGUACAAGAAAGCAAAAAGCAGGAGCUUUUGGUAGUGAUUACCAUUGCCAUCACAUUGCUCCUUCUCUGAGAAGCCAACACAAAAAGAUUCAUUUCUUCAUUCAUUCUGAUACAGUGGUGUGGUGCAGUGAGAGUUGCUUUUCUUGCAAGCCUAAUCGCCCUCUUUAAAUAAGGCCUUUGACUAUUAGAUGUUGGUUGUUCCAGUUCCAGUUCCAUUCAACCACAAAAAAAUCUCUUCUUCAGUCAGCUUCCUCUUUUCUCUAUAAAACCCUAUUUUCUGCUUCUUCCUUCACCGGGGCUUCAAUGGCCACCUACAAAAAUGUUGGUGCUGUUCUCCUUUUCAUUUUCUUCUCUUUUCUACACGUGGAGGCUAUUUUAGACCCUGCCGAUUUCCUCGCUCUGCAAUCCAUUCGUAAAGCCCUCGAAGACAUGCCUGGUUCCCAUUUCUUCUCCUCCUGGGAUUUCACCGCAGACCCAUGCAACUUCGCCGGGGUUUACUGCGACUCCGACAGGGUCAUCUCCCUCAACCUCGGCGAUCCCAGGGCGGGCUCUCCCGGACUCACCGGCCGCCUCGACCCCGCCCUCGGCAAGCUCUCCUCGCUCGCGGAGUUCACCGUUGUCCCCGGCAGAAUCUACGGUCCUCUACCAGAAUCCCUCUCCGAUUUGAAGAACCUCAGGUUCCUCGGCGUCAACCGCAACUUCAUCUCCGGCGAAAUUCCGACCAAGCUCGGCGGGUUACGCAGCCUCAGAACCAUCGAUCUCAGCUACAACCAACUCACCGGACGCAUUCCUCCAACCGUGGGAUCCCUACCGGAGCUGACUAACCUGAUCCUCUGCCAUAACCGCCUCUCCGGUUCGCUCCCCCGGUUCGAGUCGCACACUUUAACACGGCUCGACCUAAAGCAUAACUCUCUCUCCGGUUCGCUCCCUCCCAACUCGCUCCCUCCCUCUCUGCAGUACCUCUCCCUGGCCUGGAACCAGCUCACCGGCCCAAUGGACCGCCUCCUGGGCCGCCUCGACCAGCUUAACUAUUUGGACCUCAGUCUCAACCAGUUCACGGGCCCAAUCCCGGACCGGAUCUUCUCCUUCCCGCUCACGAAUCUGCAGCUGGAGAGGAACCAGUUCUCGGGUCUGGUCCAGCCCGUUGAGCAGGUGUCCAUCCCGACCGUUGAUCUUAGUUACAACCGGUUGUCCGGUCAGAUAUCGCCAAUGCUGGCGAGCGUGCAGUACCUGUACCUGAAUAACAACCGAUUUUCGGGUCGGGUACCGGCUAGCUUCGUGGAGCGGUUGCUGGACGCGAGCAUUCAGAUACUUUACUUGCAGCAUAACUAUCUGACGGGGAUUGAGAUAAGCCCAACGGCGGUGAUUCCAGAGAGAAGCUCCCUGUGUCUGCAGUAUAAUUGCAUGGUCCCGCCCGUUGAGACACCCUGCCCCUUGAGGGCUGGCAAGCAGAAAACUAGGCCUACUGCGCAAUGCAACCAGUUGAAAACCUGAUCCGACCCGACCCGACCCAUCAAGUCAAUUUCUUACCUCUUUUCUUCUUCCUUAUUUCUCUUCUUGCCUUUCUGAUUCAUUAUUAUUUAAUUUUGUGGUAGUUAUUCGGGGAUGAAUAAUGAGAAUAUUGUGAAUAUUUUUGGAUUAGAUUUAGAUAAUUUAGCUUUUUUGCUCCAGGAGCUUCUCAAAUCAUAUAUGUUAUGAUCAUUAUCUAUAUUACUAAUGUAAUAUGAUUAGUCCAUUAUGAAAAACAAAGCAAAAAUUAUUGAUUAUUAUUAUCAGGUUAUUUCGAUCAA